UGCUGUUUUCUGCUCAUGUGUUGAUUUCGUUGAUGUCGUAUUUGUUUUGUUUGUAAUCGGUUGUUAAAUUUCGAAAAAUUAUGCCGAAGUUUCACAAGAAACAGAGUAAGCGAAUGAGUUGUAGGAAGAAAUAUAAAAUCAUUAAAAAGGUAGCGGAGCAUAAUCGUAAGCUCCGUCGAGAACAGAAAAAGAAUCCUUCUAAGAAAAAACCAAAAGAUCCGGGCGUACCGAACAGUUUUCCUUUCAAAGACGAAAUAAUAAAUGAAGCCUUGAAGCGAAAACAGCGAGCUAAAGAUUUGCGAGAAGCACAGAAGGAAAGUCGGAUGAAGCUACAAAUGCAAAACCGGGAGAUAGAUGAUUUAGUAGCUGAAGUUGAGAAGAAGGAUGCAAAAUUUAAAAAGAGAGACUUGCUUUCAGCAGCUCAAGAAAAAUCAUUAAAAGCAUCAAGUGACAAGUUCAAAUCCUUUUAUAAAGAAUUUAAAAACGUUGUUGAAUCUGCAGACGUCGUUCUUGAGGUGUUAGAUGCUCGAGAUCCUUUAGGUAGCCGAUGUCCGCAAGUGGAGCAGAUGGUUAUUAGUUCCGGUAAAAAGUUAGUAUUAGUGCUAAAUAAAAUUGAUUUAAUUCCAAGAAAAAAUUUAGAAGAUUGGUUGAAAGUCCUUCGACAAGAACUCCCUACAGUUGCUUUCAAAGCAUGUACUCAAACUCAAAAUGAUCAUUUGUCCCAAUCUAAAGUUGCCGCAAUCCACAUCAAUGAGAGUCUUCAAUCAUCUCGUCGGUCUGUUGGUGCUUCAUUUCUGAUGAAAGUUUUAGGAAAUUAUUGCCGAAAUCAAAACAUUCAGACAUUUAUCAAAGUUGGCGUUGUUGGAUUCCCAAACGUUGGGAAAAGCAGUCUCAUCAACAGCUUAAAACGAACACGAUCUUGCUCUGUCGGUGCAACACCAGGAGUUACUAAAACAGUGCAAGAGAUUUCUUUGGAUAAGCAUAUUAAGAUUAUAGAUAGUCCAGGCGUUGUUUUUGCCAAGGAUGGAUCUCCAACUACUCUUGCAUUGCGAAAUGUUGUGAGAGUUGAGACGCUGAAAGAUGUGAUCGAGCCCGCAGAAGCUAUAAUUCAACGAGCCGAUCAUACUCAGUUGUGUUUGCAUUAUUGCAUUCCAGAAUUUACUAGCUGUCAUGAGUUGUUAUGUCAUUUAGCGAAACGAAUGGGUAAAUAUAAAAAGGGUGGCAUACCCAAAUUUGAAGAUGGAGCUAGACGAUUGAUCAAUGAUUGGAAUUCUGGCAAAAUAAAAUAUUAUACUCAUCCACCUGAGCAGUACAAGCCAUACAUCCACGUUGACGCAGAAUAUGUUGCCGAAAUGGGAAAAGCUUUCGAUAUCUCUGCAAUGGAAGAACAGAUGGAAUUGGAUAAAGCGCCUGAAGUUCUUCCUGGUCAUGCUGUGGUUGCAAAAAGCACUGAACCGACAGAAGGUUUGAUGUCUGGUGAAUCUGAUGAGAUUGAAGAAAUGGAAGCUGAUGAUUCUGAAUCUACAAAUAAAAUGACUGUUGUCCUUGGUGGUAAAGAGGAAAAGAAAGCUGUGAAAGAUGAAGAUGAAGUAAAGGCUCUUUUAAAUGAAUUGCAACAUAAUAAAAGCGUUAAAAAGAAGUAUAAGCAAAUGAAGCGUAGGCGCAAGAAACUUGAUAAAGUUGCAACUGAGCUGUCAGAAACGAUAACUAAUGCUUUAAAUUUGGAUUAGGUUAGAUGUAUGAAAUAAAUGUUUCAAG